AUGAAGUUCACUUCCAUCGCCGCCCUCCUCUUCGGUGCUCAGUCCGCCACCGCUCUUGAGUAUGUCUACCUCGUGAACUCCCAGCGAGGCAACGAGUACUCCAGCGGCAUGGCCUACUACGGCGAAGGCCACACCGCCGCAAACAAAGCUCGACCCGACGACUACACCGACGUCACCCACGGAGGCAACAUCCACUGGGAGGGACAACCCGUCAAGGGAACCUUCGGCACUGGCGUCACCUUCACAUCCAACAUCUUUGCCGACGCCGCUGGCAAGAGAGGCAACGCUUGGACCGGAACGGGAACCAAUGGCUUCCACAACUUCAACUGCUACAAGACUACCAACCCCGGAUCGCCCGCCUAUCUUCUGUACACUGUGGAUGGAUGGAAUGUGUACAGCAUCUACUGGUGCAUCAACAACGCUUGA